CUGACUCAUAUAACCGGUACUUUCUUCAUGGAAGUAUACACGAAUGAAUAUUUCCUAUAGGUGCCCAGAAGAGGCGAUCGUGCGGAGCAUAGGAUAGUGCUGGACCGAUGGUAGCGUCAUCGGCAUCGAGAAGGGCUGCUAGUUUUGCGCGUCCAUGCCUCCAGAGCAGGGCGGCAUCCGACUGCCUCCUUGAUCGAGUCACUUCCCUAGCUGCAGUCCAGAUGUUCGCCGCGUUGAAGGAACUCUGUCUUAGUUGACUGUGUCUUUCCCAAGAGAAAGUUGAACGCCGUGUGAUGGUGGUUCAAAGCUAGUGAAUGUGCUUACUCAAAGCGGUGAACAGAUUGGAAGAUUGAAGGGUUGCGCUACACGGGCGUUCUUGGUAUUUACCUUGCAAUAAGCAGCAACCAACAGCCGACAAAAAUGCAUCCGACAGUGAGUCUAGUCAUGGCCUUAGCCAUCGUGGACCGGACGUGGUUCAACUCGCCAUUCGUCUGCGGAGAAGAGACGUCAACGAAAAGCCUGGAGGCAGAAUUGACGGAUGUUGGCGGCAUGCUCAUGAAGAAGCUGAUGCCAGUGGCCUCGGAACUCGCCACCAGCCCCGAGCUGAGCACCGCGUGCGCUGGCAGCCUAUUCAAGGUCCUCAAGGCUACGAAAACCAGAGAGCCAUGGGUGAUAAGAAUGAUCCUGGCUAAUGGAUUACUUCCGAACAACCUCCUCGAGGGAAGCCUCAUCAGCCUUGGAGGCUACGAACAGUGCCUCAAGACCAGGGUGUUCAACUCGCAGGGCGAGUUAACAGACAAGGGACAGUAUUGCAGCCUCUUCGUCUACCCACCCUGGUCACUCCUCGAGACUCUCGUGAAAAAGUUUCAGGCUGUUGGCGAAUUUUCAGGCAGGGUGAACCCCCUCACGAUCACCACGAAUGAAAAGAUAGGAAGGAAAGCGUUGCGUAUUGGACUGUGCACGCUCGAUGCUUGCUCCGAGGACGAAGUCAACUUCCUAGCUACUGGAGUUUUCCAGCAAUACGGCGCAAACACAACGGUUACCGGCUGCCGAACAGACAAUCCACAGCCGCUGACGAAACUUCAGUAUGCUUCAAUAUAUUACUUGAGCGUCCUUGGACUUCUCGUUCUUCUAGGAACGCUUAUUGAAUGGCUCGUGCUGAAGCUCCCGGCACCGGACAUGGAAGCCAGACUGUUACGCGUCUGGGGGCCAUUCAAAGUGUUCAUGUACUUCUCUGCAAUCAGCAACACAAAACGCCUUCUGAUGACCACAGCAAGAAAAGGCAAUGAAAACCUGAUCUUUAUCAGCGGUUUCAAGAUAUUCCUCAUUUUCUGGGUUAUCUACGCACAUUGCUACGUCUUGAUACAGCCAGAGUUUGUGCGGAGCCCGUUUGUCUUCGUAGACCUGUCAGGGAAAGUUAUGUUUCAAUUGAUGCUCAAUGGUCUCCUCAGUGUGUCCACGUUUCUGUUCUUAAGUGGAUUUGUGAUGUCAUACUUAUUGCUCCAGUCCCGCGCAGUAAUUCGCAAGCAAAAUCCGAUAGCUGUGUACAUCAUAGCCGCCGUUCGGCGGUAUAUCAGGCUGAUGCUGCCCAUCGUAUCUGUGGUGAUGGCGUGCUUCCUUCUGCCACACUUUGCGGAUGGCCCUGCAAACCACGAACUCUUACAGCAGCAGGUGGACGGGUGCAUCAACCAUUGGUGGGCGGUGUUGCUCAAUUUCAACAACUUCUACCCCGUCGACAAGAUGUGCAUGAUUCACCUGUGGUACGUGAGCACCGAUGUUCAAAUAUUUCUCGUGAUAGCAUUUCCCCUCACCAUCCUUUUUGUCUGGCACCCCAAGUUCGCCCUUUUGGUGUCAUGCGUUGUUUCUCUAGCAUUCUGCAUUUUGGUAUCGCUACAAACUCACUUUUGGCACCUGCUUUACUCCGCGACGACAGCCUCCAAUGACAUAGUGCGCCUUGUAGAAACUAUCGAGCUGGUCUACUUCCGACCCUUCACACAUGUUGCGACGUACAUUCUUGGUGUCGUUACCGGAUACUUGGCGUUACGGUACGGGAACGUGAAAAUUGGCCUGGUUAUGCAGCUAGCUCAGUGGGUCAUAUCACUGGCACUCACCGGCUUUGUGCUGUUCAUCACCCUGCCAUGGAAUCGAGGCAAUCCACCAGAUGACAUCACGACGGCCAUUUACUCCGGUUUUCAUCGUCUGGUCUGGUCAAUGGGCCUCGUCUGGCCCACGUUCGCCUGCGCCACAGGUCGAGGAGGUUUGCUGAACGCCUUCUUCUCGUGGAAACCAUUCUUGCCAUUGUCUAGGCUCGUUUAUUGUGUCUACCUCAUUCAUGUGCCUCUCAUAUACCUUCGCAUGGGAAUUAUAAAAACGCACAUCAACUUCAACGAGUUCUUUCAGCUCACCACUGCCAUCGGCCUGUUAGGCAUGAGCUUGUUCCUGGCAUACCUUCUGUACCUGUCCACGGAGGCUCCCGUGGCACGCUUCGAGAAGCUAAUAUUCGAGGGAAAAAGGAAGGAUGCUCUCAUGAACAGUGUCAAGAAAUCUGCAGCUGCUCCGCAUUCAAAAGUGGCCAUUGUUGAGGUCGAAACGAGAACGGUUCCUCUGACGGACAAUUUCAACAAAAAACCACAGAAAAGCCCGGAAAUUACGCUCACUAUGGAGGAAGAUGUCAAGAAGCUGAAAAUGAAUGCAGGUGGCGUCGACAACCACGCUUUCCAGACUGACCCUGAAAAGUCAAAGCUCUGAAGAUUCUUUGAGCACACGUAGGACUGAAUGAACAAUACUAAUGCACGCCUCUUGUGUUGCGCCUGGUACAGAUCCAUCAUCUUCACAUCUCUCAGAUUGUGGUGGUGCAAACUUCUGCAACACAACAGUCUCAGAACAUGGCAUGUCUUGCAAAUUAAGCUAUAUAUAAAAAAACAAUAUAAUUAUACGAAGGCAAUUAUUUUCAGGUGUUUUAAGCAGCUAGGACCGCACUUCAUGACAUUCCUAAUAGGGACGUUAAUAAAAAGAUUUCGGCCAAGAAGCUAGACAUGGCGCCCACUUAGGAGGUAAGGUUUACUUUUACGCUGUCGCUACAUUAUUUCCCCUUUUUCUGUGCGUCCUGAUCAUGCCAGCCCAUCUUUGCAGUUGAAGCUAUAAAUGUGUUCAGGCAGUCCCUUAGUAAUCACACUUUCCUUUUGCAAAUUGACAUUUUUAUUGAUGUUGAUAUGAAGUCACAAGUGUGCAGCAUCGGAAGCAUACGUGUAAAAGGAUUUAAGAAUUUUCUGUUCUUCCAGUAUAGUAUAAGUUACGCUGUUUUUCGUUUCUUAUUUCUUUUUGUGGAAGAACUACAUGUACAGCUAGUGAGAAGUAAUAUAUGACUAUUUAAAAUGUUCCAUCUCUUUCGUUAAAAGACCCAAGAGGUUCUACAGCGGCAUUCUUGUCCUACGGCAUUCCUGCAUCACGCCAUGACGCAGAGUUUGGCGUCAAAUUGCUCGUGAUUGUUCUUUUCUUGUGUGUGUAUGUCUCAUGUAAUUUUUGUGUGCUCAUAUGACAAUAAACUGUGCAGAAGCCGACGAAAUAAGAUGACGUCCAUUUUCCAUACCAUUAGAUAAAUAAAUCAGUCAGUUAAACAACCCAUCUCGUAGUCUUGUGCGUUUGUUUUUUACUCAUACGCAGCAGCCUGCGUUGUACAGUAAUUGGUUGAAUAAAAUUAGUUCUACUUGA